AUCAUUCAAUGCUAUAAAAAUAAUUUUAAAUAUAAUUUAUUUAGAACAAAAGUAUGAAAUUGACGAUAGCUAGAUUAUUUUACUACUUGAGUGAAAAAUUUCUUCUAUUUCGAUAGAUAAUAUCACUAUUUCCUCUUGUGCUAUUUCAUUAAAUAUGAAAUCGAACGAACUGACAGAUGUGAAGAAGUUCAUUACACAUAUUACCAAGGUACAGCUGCCGUAACGAACAAAACACAUCGUAUAAUUCGCGUUGUUGAUGAUUCUUGUGUUGACAAAGUAUUUAAUUUUUGAAAAAUUAUAUGUUUCUUCAAGUAAAUUAUAAGUAACAAUAUUUUUGUUUCAAAUUCAUUUUCAUUCAUUAAAUUGACUAUUUUUGCAAUAAUGGGCCGCAUAUCAAUUGUGUCUUUUUUGUUCAAAACUCGUUUAAAAUUGUGGUUAUUGCAUAUACUUAACUAAUUAGUGUUUAAACUCGUUGUUUGUUAUGUGUUAGUGUUUAUAAAUUGAAACAAAUUCUAGAAACAAGCUUUCUAAUAAUGAAUGCACCAAUUAUAACCUUACUUUUAUCAGCUUGAAAUCGAUGUAACUAAGAAUAGUGAGUACACACUUUUAGCCACUUUGUACGUCCUUCUCAUUAUUUUCCAAUAGUAUAAAAUAUUCUAUAUUUUGUAAAUCCAUCCAAAAGAGAAUAGAUUUUAUAGAAACAACUUGCCUCAUUAACUUCCAUUAUUUGUCAUUAACUUAACUUUAUCAAAAAAAAAAAAGUCAUCGUCAUUCAAUUCACCUGCAAACUUAAAUUUCUCUGAGGAAUUCGAAAAUCAUUUAAAUUCCGUCGCAAUUUUGCUGUAAAUUGCCAAGCAUAAACAAUGAUCAAAACAUAGAGCGAUUGUACCCGAAAAUGUCCGAAGAUUUUCAUCAUGAAAAUAGUUCAAAAUUGUCGAAAUGUGCAAAACCCUUUGAAUAUUAUAGUGAGGUAAAUAACGCAGAAACAGAUUCAAGCGAGGAAGAAAUAAAUGUUGUCGAUUAUAUCUACCCAACAAAUGUCGUUAAUGGUAGUUUAAUAAAUGUGCCAGCAAAAAGUCCGCCAUUCAACUGUCAAAUACCCGCCGAAAGUGAGGUUAAAUUUAUCAAAGAGUGGUUAAUUUUACAUACUGAUUUAAUUCAACAACAGAACGAUGAUAUUAUUGAUAAAGAUCGAGAAAUUUAUAUUUUGCGAAAAGAAAAUGAAAUGCUUAAAGAAAGAAUAAGCUGCAUUGAAAAAGGAAUUUCGCAUCAGUUUGAGAAAGCAGGCAACCAAAAUAUUCAAGAGGUUAUUGUGGAAGAUAUGACCCACGGCCCUAUAAAAGAGGAAGUCAAUGAUGAUGAUGAUGAUCAAUUUGUAGAAGGGCAGUAUUCCCCAAAUAAUGACUGUUCUCUUGAUAUAAUAAACUAUAAAAAUGAAAACUGUGUAAAUCUAAGUGACAGUGAAUCUCAAAUAAACAUUAUUGAACCAGUGUCUGUCAAAAACUAUGAUGAAAACAUUGUAAAUACUGUGAUUAAACUUGAUAGUGAGGACAUACUUUUAAACAAUCUAGACCAUAGCUGGAAAUCGAAAAGUGAUUAUUACAAUAGUACAAUACCUAAAGAAGUGUCAAACUAUAGUUUCACUAUAAAUAACAUUGGUGAAUUUGAUCCUAUGAAAAAUUUAAGGAUGAGCAUUAGGAGGAAAAGAGUUACGAGCAAUUCUUCCAGCUUAUCACACAAUGAAUCCUUCAAUCUCGAAGAAAAAGAAACAUACAGAAAGAGGUUCAAGAAAAAAAAACGACGUCCAACCAAAGACACAUAUAAUGUGUUAAUGUCUACAGAAGCUUAUGUAACUCAGUCACAUGAUGUGAGUUUGGGAAUAGUAUCACCAUCAGAAUUAGACAUUGGGGAGUGUCCAGCUGCUUCAUCAUUAGAAGUACCGAGAUGGCGUCACAAAAUAUAUGCGAGCUGUUAUACAAUGGAAGGAACAGAAAAUUUAGAUGAUGAGGUGUUUAAUAAAAGACAUAUGAAACUUGAAAAUGAUGAAAGGAGGAGAAAAAGGUGGGAUGUUCAGAGGAUACGAGAGCAAAGGGUAAUUGAAAAAUUAAAACAAAGACAAGAACGGAUUGCAUUAGGUUCUAAAGGUGAAGGAAGUGAACCAAUGAUGUCUUUAUGGCCAACAGUAGAAGAUAUUAAAUAUUUGGAAGUUGUUGAAGAGUUACCAGUUGCAGCCUUUGGUCAUCCUAUAACCAAAUUUACCCCGAGUGAGUUUCAAGUACCUUGGAUCGAUAAUCCAACUCUGUUAACCAAAAGACCACAUGCCCGUAAAUCAAAAAUGAGGAGAAGAGCAUCAAAAAGAUGAAAUUUAGAAUAAAAUGAAUAAACAGGUACCUGGACUUGGUUUCAUAUUAAACAAAAAAACGUGAAAAACUUUAAAUGUUAUAACAAAUUUUGUGUAAAUUAUUGUAUAUAAAUAGAAACAAAAAGUUUUCUGUUCUAUUUGUACAAGUUCAAAUAAAUGUGUGGUGGUCUAGCCAAAGUGAAAUACUUGCGUUCAGAAAAGUUUUGUGUGGAAUCUGGAGUUUGUUCUGAUUUCAAUUCUAAUUUUGAAAUUUCGUUAAUCAAAAUAAGGCUGAUAUCUGGAAUAGUUUUUUAAGUCUUGAACAGUAUUAGAAGUCCUAUGAAUAAUAUAUCCUAUUUUACAUUGAUUACUGAAAUAUAGAUGUUUUAUCAAUUCUCAACUUAUUUUGAUUCUCAAAUGACAGUUGUAGAUAUGAACUGUUUCAUGGGAAGCUUCUAAUGGCAGUAAAUUAAAUUUCACAAUCUUCAGUCAUUAUAUCUUCUAAUUUAAUUUGAAAAAUUUAAUCACAAUAAAUUCAUCUAUAAGAUAAUACCAUACAGUUUGAAUUCAUUGGGACAAAUUAAAAAAAAACAUUUUCUAAAAGUAUGUCCUCCUUUAGCAGACACCUCAACAACACGUUUUGACAUUGACUCUAUUAGUUUAUGGCACAUUUUCUUGACCUCAUCAUCAAGGAACCACAAUUUUAUAGCAAUCGUUAUCAUUUUUGCAAAACAGCUAAAACUUGAUAAUAUGCCAUAAAUUCAUAAUUGGAUGCAGGUCUGGUAAAUUACCCGAUGUGAGAUUGUCAUUAGUUUUAGAAUGUAAUUUGAUAUUUCUUCUAAAAUUUAAUGAGUUUUACAGUUGUUUUCCAUUUGCGACCACAUUUUUCUUUUUGGUGAUAAUAAAUUAUAUUUCGAAACCAUCAUAUACAUGUGUUUAAAGAAAUUAUUUUAAUACGCUUCUUAUGAGAAAUGUUCAUCUUUGAAAUAACACCUUAUUACACAGAACACCAUCGACUGAUACGCAGAUACAAUCACAACUGAACUGAUGACCUUCAAAAUCUAGUCAAACGCGUUUUUAAUGUUCAAGUUCAAUUCUGAACACUGCCUUUAGAGGGAUAUAAGCAGUUUGGGGAGGUUCGGGACGUCGAAAUCUAAAUUAAAAUAUCCCAAUUAAUUCAAAAUAGUUUUGCAUAAUCGAGUCUUAUCCUUUUGUCUGGCUUCCCUCGUGCAUGUGAUGUUCAUUUGAAAAUGUGGCUCCUUUACUGUAUUACUGAUUUUGUUGAUAGUGUAAAGUUAAAGAUCUAUGAAUUACGGGGGAAAUUCUACACUUUUUCUAAUUUUCUCUCUAUUAGAGCUCUUAAGAUGACUUUUGUGUGUUUUUCUAUGUUUUCCAGUAUUAUCAUAUAAUUAUUAGUCUUUCCUAAAUGUGCUAUGGUUUUAUUGAAUUUUGCAAUAUAUAUAUUGAUAAAUUGAUUGUUCGAAUUCUUAAUUUAUUUUCAUUGUUAAAAAUGAAAUUGUAUGAGAUUUUUUUCAUGGGAAGCAUAUAAUAGAAAUGAAUCAAAAAAUUUCAACAUACAAUUCAUUAAAGUUGAGUUUAAAUAAUUACUGGUUUAGUUUGAAUACUUUACAUAACAUUUAUAUUUUUUGGUAUAUUUAAAAACACAUUUCGAAGUCUUCAUUAGGAAAAAUAUUUUUCAACUUAUUCACAGAUAUUUUAUUUUUAUUAUAUUAAUUUGAUAUUUAAAAUAUAUUGUAUACAGGGAUGACAUUUGAAUUGGAAGUGUUGAAAAAAUCAUUUCCCGUUGAUAAUAGUAACAAACAAAGUAACAACAUUAAAUAUUGAAUUGUACAUUAGUAACUGUGAAAAUUCUGGGUUUCUUCAACUGAACACUUUUAAUCAAGUGAAAAUUGAUAUUUUUUUUAUCGAAACGGAAUCUAAUUCACCAGUUUGAAAACAAGUGAAAUGAUACAUAACAUUUUCCAGUUUUUCGCUUGUAUCUAGAUCACCAUGAUUUUUCACUGUCGAUUUUAUAUAUGGAAAGGUUAUUUCUAUCAUAACUUUACUUAAUAUACAAAAUUCACAUAACUUUACACAUAAAUCAAUUUUCUUAAGAAUAAUUUGGUAUAUAGUCCAGGCUACCAAAGAAGAAAUGAGGUAUUACUUCCGAUUUCCAUGAACCUGCAUCGAUUUGCAUGAAAAUUUGGGAUUACUUACUCAUAUCAUCAAAAUCUACCAUAGGCCAAUAUGUGCUUAUUACUGUUAGGGGUGAAAACUACCCCUUAUUGCAAAAAAUCAAUAAAAUCACAAGUGUAAGCAUUUAAUGAGUAGAAAAAUACUUUUAAGGUUUCAAUAAACGUUGUUUAAUGCCUUAAUAUAGUAUUUAUAUUUUUUCAACCCUGCUUGAUGUAUUUCAUCCCUUAUAAAGCACCCUCAGUUAAUAUAAAAAAAAAUAGUAUUUAAUUACUUAGUGGUUUCUUACUUAUAUUGAGUUGACUCUUUUUGUUUGUGUUCAACUUUGUUUGCUUUCCAAAUGUUCACCCUUAUAAAUCAUUUCUUAUUUUGAAAAAAAUUGAAAUCAAAUGUUUAUAGACGUUAUUCCUUUUAAUUAUUUAUUUAUUUUAAAUGGACUUUUUUAUCUAUUUUGUAUUUAUAAUUUUCAACCCUUACGGUCAUUCCCUAUUUCGGCUAAAAUUGAAAAAAUAUGUAUACAGAUGUACUUAUAGUUUUUUCUCUUUUAACUUGAAUAUUAUGUAUUUAAAAUUUUCUACCCCUAUAAAUCAUGAAUGAAAAAUUUAUUUACAAGGUUUAUACAAUGUUAAUAUGGUUAAUUUUUAAGCAAAUUAGUCGCCCAAAACGUAGAUUUAUAAGGAAUUUUAUAACCUAUAAGUUUUAAAUUUCUUUAGCCUUCUAUUUUUUAAAGAGCAACUCUUAAAGGGUUCGACGAAAAUGGUAUCAAUCAUACUUUAUGGUAUGAUUGUAACUUUUUGUUCCUUAUCAAGUAUAAUUUUCCAGAUAUUUUGAAAAAAAGGCAUUGCAUUCUAAAUCGUUCAAACUUAUAAUUAUUAGUAUGUAAAUAAAGUACACUGGAUAAAUUUUAUUUAUAUUUUAUUUCGGCCACAACUUUCUUAGUUUCUUAGUUUUUAUGCUAGAGAGUUCUACGAACUCUCAUUUUAAAGGUUUUUAAAGGUACUUUGAAAAAGAUCUUAUGCAAUUACCUAACCAAGCAAGUUCAUGAAAAUCGGAGGUGAAAACCUUGGUAGCCUGGAUUAAGAGUAUUUUUGUUUAAAAUUAGCACUACUUGUACAUGGUUCUAAAACGGAACCGAGAAUAUUUAUAAUUUUGAGUUUUUUUUUUCAUGACAAAUAUAGUAUUUAUUUAGUGUUCAGUAUCGAAACCACAUUUAUUUAGAAUAGAAUUUUAGAUUGAAAAAUAUUGUAUUUUGUGAAUAGUGUCUCAAAUAUAAUUUCGAAUGUUAGUAAUCAAAUUUCGUUUUUUUAUGGGGUAACUGUGACUGUAACAAGUUUUCAUCAAAAAGUUAAGAUCUCACAAAUCAAUCUUCAGUAAAAGGGGUUAUUUUUAUUAUAAAUGCAUUAAUUUUAAUUCAAAUUAAUAUAUUUUUGAGACACUACAGGACGACUUGAGAAUAUACGCGCUUAUUUAUGAAGGUUUAUACCUAAAUGUGAUCUUAAGACGUUCUAUGUAUAGAAAAUUAUUAUUCACUUUCGUUUUUAGUUUCAAUGUGAUAAUAUAAAAAAAUUAGAAGGAAUUUGAUAUUAUUUUUAUAUUUAGUCGAUAUUGUAUGUUCAGGAUUGUAUUGUACUUAGACAUACUACAUUUACUAAGAAUAUAUUUUGUUUUUUAAUACACUCUUAAGAAUGA